GUGUUCCUUUUCGUUUUUCUGAUGGGAAAGAAACAAAAUGCUACUAGUACUCCACUUUGAGUGGAAACUCCGGAUCAUGCGUGCACCGGCGGAUCAGCCUUCGCAGAUGUGGUCUUGUAGUAGCCACUCACGCCCACCCCACCAGAGUCACAUAAACGUCGUCCCUAGAUCCCGUGAAACGCCGAUACCCGCCGCUGCGAAACGCCCCGCUUUGACGGCCCCCCGAGGCUGUCGCGAUCCAAGAAAAAAAAAGGCGUGGAACCCGGCAAGCCCGUUCGCAAGUCGCACCAGCCGCCAGCCAGCCCGCCAUGACCUAGCCGCAGCCUCUUUUAUAAAACCCGCCGCCUCCGCUCGUCUCCUCCACAGCUCCACCCACCACAGCAGGCAGAGAGCAGAGCGCCACCAGCCAAGCCGUCCGAUCCUUCGUCUGCCGAAGCCCAAGCCCAAGCAGCAGAACAGGUCCGAUGGCUCUCGCUCUCUCCGGCUGCUCCGCCCGCGCCGCCCUGACGUCGCUGGCCCCCAGGGCCAGGGGCUACGCGGCGUCGGCGGCGUCCGGGGCCAUGCGGCGCGCGGCGGCGGAGAGCGCGGCCGCGGGCGAGGCCAAGGAGGCCGGGCGCCGCACCGCCGCCGCCGAGGUCUCGUGGGUGCCGGACCCCGUCACGGGCCACUACCGCCCCUCCAACUGGGCCGCCGCCGCCGCCGACCCCGCCGACCUCCGCGCCGCGCACCUCGCCCCCACCUACGCCCGGGCCUGAACGGCCCCCGCUCCCUCACCCCGCUCCGCCUCGCCUCGUGUCGUCUCGUAUGACAUACAGUACCGUACCUGAGUGAAGGCGAAGAGAGAGGCCGGUGGGGGCCGGGGUUCGUCUGGCGAAUGGCGUCGUCGCGCCGCGCGCGCGCGCUCUGUGACGCCCGGCCCGGCGUGUUCUUGGAGAGCGGGAGGUGUUCUGUCGUCUUGGUUGGUCGCUGUGCGAUGCGAUCCGAUGACCAACGGGAGAUGCUGUUAUUACAAACAAGAAGAGCGGUCUGUGGUCGCCACCCGUGUGUGGUGUGGGUGGGCUGGAAUGGAUGUCCUGCUCUAGACUCCAGUGCACUCCCAGCUCCUACAUAUAUAUCAGAUUCAGAGCAGAGCAGAGCAGGGUUUUGCACUGCCGUUUUACGUUUGGUGCUCGCGACAGCUAGAGUAUUUCGGAUUUAUCUACGUAUAAUAAAGUUGCAUCUUUUAUCGAA